AGACAAGAACCGAGGUCUCAUGGUCAUCUCGUUGGGAACACAUUUGGUGCCGUGACUCGAAUUGUUCUGUGACUUGGAUUGUUUCAUCACUGCAUUUCCCUGUCCCUCAGGCAGUCCCAUGGGUCCCCUGGUGAAAUCCAUCCUGGUCAUGGUGCUGCUUGACUCAGCAUUCCUCCUGACCCCGGAGCACCAGGAUCUUCCAACCACGGAACCUAUCCCCAGUCCCAGUCUAAACAUAAAGUUCGACCCCUGGAGAAGGAACUUGACUUGGGACUGCAGAGAAAACACCACCUCCAUCCAAUGUGUGAUGAUUAGCAAUGAAAACGGAGAAGUUAUAAAGAAGCUCAAGGAGAAAGAAUGUCAUUGCACCUUUCAGGAUGCUAUUCUCCACGAGGGAAUCGAGUUCAUGGUCACAGUAAAUAUCAGCCAAAGACAGAUUACAGAAAAAAUGUUCUACUCUAACCCAGGUGGCAAGGACACAGGGGCACAAAACGUCUCCUGUUUCAUCUACAACGUGGAUUUCAUGAACUGCACUUGGGCCAAGGGUCCGGCAGCCCCUGACGACGUCCAAUAUUUUUUGUAUAUCCAAGACUUAAAGAGAAGGGAAAGACACUGUCCCCGUUACGUAAAAGACGCGGGGACCCACGUGGGAUGUCACCUAGAAGGCGCCUCAGAAUUGUUUUCUCACAUUUACAUCGUGGUGAACGGUACCAGUCAGAAAGCAGACAUCCAGUUCUUUGAUAAGCUUUUGAUGUUAAAGAAAAUAGAAAUAUACAACCCACCCAGAAAUAUCACCGUCCACUGCAACAGAUCCCACUGCCUCAUCCAGUGGGAAAAGCCGAGGACACGCCUGAGACUGCCCAACUCGGAGUUCCAGUACCAGCUGGACAUCCACAGACAGAACAGUAUGGAACACGGUGGUAAUCAACUGGUUGAGGUGUUUGGUACUUCGGGAAAUAAAUACAACUUUCUGAGCCCUCAGCCCAGAGCCAGACACACUGUGCAGAUACGGGCCGCGGACUACAGGAUCCUUCUGUGGGGUGCCUGGAGCCAUCCGGCUGAGUUUGGAUCCGGAGAAUGGGGUCCCAGCAAUGUGCCUAUCUACGUGCUGGUGAUCCUGGGCACCCUCUUCUGCGUCCUGGUCCUCAGCUUCAUUUUUAAAAGGUUUGUUGGGACACCAAUUCCGAGAAUCAAAGAUAAAUUGAGCAAUAACCAUACAACUGACGACGAGAUCAUCUGGGAGAAAUUUACUGUAGCAACAGCAAAAGGUGACUACGAAGAGAUCCUGGCAGUAAGAGAGGUCGGGGAGUCCACAGCCAGCGUGUGAAUUGCAUUGUUUCGAGCAUUGGCAGAGCUUUCUAUUUUUUUACUUCUGUGAACCUUGACUAAAAAUAAUAAUAAUAAUAAUAAUAGAAAAUCCUGCUAAGAAGGGCUCCUGAUGACUAACUGAGCUCAAAUUAUAAAAAUAAACACCAAAAAAACAGAAAACAAACAAACAAACAAAAGAGCCAAGCCGCCAAUUCUACACAAGGGGCCUCUAGCCCAACCUUUCAGGGAGAAACCAGCACCCAACUGCCCCC